GUCUGCCUGACUGCCUCAUUUUGAUUUAUGGUCUCUCCACUCUCCGCUACUGUGUUCCAGUCGGCGAUCUGACUUCGGAGUUAAAAAAAAGGAGAAGAAGAAGCUGCAUGAUUCCUUGAUGGAGCAAACGAAUCAUCCGAAAUUAGGUACUUUUCAUUUACGCAUUUUUCUUGUCAACAAUUUUGUUCCCUUUUUCUUUACCUUAAUUAUCAAUAUUGAUACGGUAUUAUACACCUAAUAGAAGUGAGCUGACUUGGACAGUUUAUUAACACAACGGUCAUGAAGCUACACUUACUACCUAGGUUCGAGUUGAUGUCUUGAUCGGUUCGCUAAUGGAACAUUAUCGACACCCUAGCUAAGCUCAGAUAACCUAACUUCCUAUCACAUAAAAUUAAAAAAAAGAGAGAAAAGAAGUGGGCUAGAAUCGUAGUCUUGAUUUGGCCAACGGAUUGGACUUUUGCAGCGAGUCAUUUGCGCCCCGUCUUGAUAAAUCGGAUUUGGGUCUUGAUGGCAGGUGCUAGCUUUAUGGACCGGAACAAAAGAAAACUAUGCCUACACCAAUUUGGAUACACAAAAUGUACCCCGAAUUGGGUGGGAGUCACAUCAGAGUCUCACGCAUAUAAUCCGAACAUAAAUAAGGGCUUGACCAAUUCAUUCGAUAUUUGGUUCUUGAAUUCACAAAGACCAAAAAGCUUUUAUCGAAAUUCGAUUGAGAUUAAUUUUGACAGCGACUCUGGGGUGGUCUCACGCAAUCCGGUGUACCAAAAAUGGUUAGAUUUUGCACAUCCUUUAUGGGACUGGGGGAGUUUUUUUUUUUAUGAACAGGCAGAGGGAGUUCAUGAAAAGCAUUAGAAGUUUAUAUAAACGGAUUUCAAUGAUUUGAACGACCUUUUAAUUAUAUGUGGUUGGCAAAAUACUCGAUUUGUAAUCCGAAGGCAAAUACUCUCUCUCUCUCUCUCUCUCUCUCUCUCUCUCUCUCUCUCUCUCUCUCUCUCUCUCUCUCUCUCUCUCCAUAGUCCUUGGAUUAUGCGUUUGUUUAUAACAGUACAUGAACGUAGAAAGGAUUGAGUUGAAAUUCAAACAAUGUUGAUUUUGAUUAGGGACGGAACGAGGAUUUGAUAAAUGCGGGGGUCGAACUAUGAACAAGAAAAUUUUAAAAUUUUAAGGUUCAAAAAUCUAAUAUUUAGUUUGGUUUAGAUUUUGAGAGAGGUUUUUUAGGUAAUGAGUUGAGAGAUAUAGAAAGAGCAAUGAGAUUAAUAAUUGAAAGAAAACUUAUGGCAGACCAUGUGUAGAGAAAGAAAUUGGAUUUUGAGACUCAAAAUGAACACAUUCUUAAAGCAUUUAAAUACCUAAAUAACAGGCAAGUCAUCGGUUGCCCGUCUCCAGUGGCCUUCGCAUCUCACCUCACCGUUUCAGAGAACUCGUUCAGUUUUCUUCCUUCCAAACCAAGGUGUCUGUUUCUAUCUCUAUACUUCUCUCUCUCUCUGUUAUCUUUUCUCAUCCCUCUCUUCUUCUGAAGCAAAAUCCUCCAUUGAACCAACAAUUCUACUGUAAGCACAGACAAGCCUAUAUAACCAGUGAUGCUGUUGCGCGCUGGCUGUGUAUCCUUCUUCGCCAAAACCCCAAUCCUCUUCGUACACUCCACUACCCGCUUCCGCCCUUCACUUUUCCACCACUGUUACCACCUCCUGAACCCCAUAAAUGCUAGAACUAGCUGUUUCAACAAACGUUUCUCUAUGAACAAACCGACCCACCUGUUAAUCACCGCCACCGCUGCCCUUAUUCGCGAGCCUUUUUCGAGCAAGUCGUCAAAGAAAGCCCGCUAUGAUUCCCCCGAGGGCAAACUUAGAGGGAAGUUGGACACCUGCUCGAAGAACGGGGACCUUGCCGAAGCCCUCCGGCUAUAUGAUGUCGCUCGGGCCAAUGGUAUUCCUCUGUCCCAACACCAUUACAAUGUAUUGCUAUAUUUAUGCUCUUCUUAUAAUGGAAAUGACAACGUGAGUGAGAAAUUGGAUAAGGAUUUGGUGAAGUUGGGUUUAGAGAGGGGUUUUGAGAUAUUUAAGCAAAUGGGUAUUCACAAGGUUGCUCCGAACGAGGCUACGUUCACGAGUUUGGCGAGGCUGGCAUUGGCCAAGGAGGACCCAGAAAUGGCUUUUGAUUUGGUGAAGAAGAUGAAGGGUUGUGGUAUGAUGCCGAAAUUGAGGUCGUAUGAGCCCGCGUUGUUUGGUUUUUGUAGCAAGGGUAUGGGUGAUAAGGCUUAUGAGGUUGAUGCCCAUAUGAGGGAAUGCGGGGUUUUGGCCGAAGAGUCUGAGCUUCUGGCUCUUUUGAAGGUCAGUGUUGAAGCUAAGAGGGAUGAUAGGGUUUAUGAAUUGAUGCAUCGUUUGCGAGCAGCAGUGAGGCAGGUUGCGGAAGAGACUGCUAGGGUAGUGGAGGAUUGGUUCACGUCAGAGAGGGCUGUCAAGGUUGGGGGGGUGAGUUGGGAUGUGAAAAAGGUGAGAGA